GGUUCUCCUGGAGAAAGAGGACCUGCAGGUCCUGGUGGUCCCAUUGGUCAGACGGGUCGGAACGGUCCACAAGGACCCCCGGGUCCUGCUGGAGAGAAGGGUGCCCCCGGAGAGAAAGGCGACCUGGGUCCAGCUGGCCGCGAUGGGAUUCAAGGCCCGGGAGGACUUCCUGGACCAGCUGGUCCUCAGGGUCCACCAGGAGAAGACGGAGACAAGGGAGAGGUGGGAGGACCCGGACAGAAGGGAGGAAAAGGAGACAAAGGCGAGAGCGGUCCACCAGGCCCGAUGGGGUCCCAGGGUGUGGUUGGAGCUCCAGGUCCUGCAGUAAGU